AUGACAGGAUUGCCCGAAAAGAAUAAAAGCCUUCCACAGGGAGCUGUCACAAGCUGCACUCUUUUCAAUGUCUUCAUCAAUGACAUAGCCGAAUUGGCACAGACAGUCACGGGUAUCAAGUGCUUACUUUACGCAGAUGAUCUGGUACUAUGGUAUUCCGCCCCUAAGAAAAACGCUCAGGAGAGGACAGAAAGUGCUCUUAAUAGUGCACUUAAACUACUAGCAAACUGGUGCGACAACAAUGGAAUGGUUAUCAACACCGCGAAAACUGCAUUCCAAACUUUUUCCUUGGCCCAUCAUAGCAUAAACCCACUUCUAAGGUACGAGGAUAUUACCCUAGAAAAAAUCAAUGAGUUCAUAUAUCUCGGAAUGACUUUUGACACAAAGCUAACGUGGAAAAGUCACAUAGCUAAAAUAGCAGAACGAGUCACCAAUAGACUGAAUGUACUGAAGCGUCUUGCUGGUAGCGUAUGGGGCUGUGCGCGCUCAACUCUCAACACCACUUACAAGAUGUUUAUUCAGCCAAUAAUGUUGUAUUGCUGUGAGCCACUCAUUAGAGCCACAGAGGUGACUCUCAAACCACUCGAGAAGGCACACAACCAAGCAUUACGACUAAUUACUGGAGGGAUAAAAUCAAUACACAUUGAUGCAAUGCUCCUAGUUACAGGAAGCGCCACAAUGUGUUCCCUUAUCAAAGAAAAAGCCUUGAUCCUGUAUGAGAAGCUACUGCGCAUUCCCAUGGAUAAGUUCUUCAGCACCUAUGAGAAAAGACCAAGACAUCUGAAAACGCAAUCUGGUCUAAUACAGAAAGCCAUAGAACUGAAGAAAGAAUUACAAAUUGAUGACAAACCAAAAAGCCUCUCUCUCCCCAUGAACCCAUUAGCAGACAUUGAUGUAGUGUGUUGCACCCAAAUGCUCGACUUCUUCAGGAAAUCAAACACCCCUCCAGUGCAAAUGCGCUCGCUGGCCCUUGAGACAAUCAAUGUCAACUAUCCUGGAGAUCAAUGGCUCCAAGUCUUCACUGAUGGGUCAUACAUAGAAAGCCAAUAUUUAACUAUUCCAUUGAAAUGA